UAAGAGAGGCUGAGGAGCUGUGCGUCCUGCUCUCUGACCACCAGCGCAGUCUCUACAGCCUGCAGCGCGGUCCCUUCGGCUGUCAGCUCGGUCCUCUCGACCUGCACCGCGGUCUCCUGGGCCAGCAGCACCUUCUGCACCUCGGCGUCCCAACAGCGGCAUCCAGGGCAAGUCCCGCAGCCUAGCCAUGAGCUGGUUCUGGAGCUGCGGAAGAGAAGGUGAGGGUGAGGAGAAGGUGCUGCGUGAGGUCAGCAGAAGGACACACCGACAACUGAAGGAGGACAAGCGCCUCUAUCGGGCCACGCACCGCCUGCUGCUGCUGGGGCCCGUGGGAUGUGGCAAAAGCACCCUUUUCAAGCAGGCAAAGAUGCUGCUUGGGCCGAGGUUUCAUGGAGACAGCGAGCGGGCCGCUGAAGUGCAGAAGGUGAGAAACUCCCUGAAGGAAGCUAUUGAAAGCGUCCUGGUGGCCAUGAGCAGGCUGCAGCCCCCUGCGAAGCUGGCCCACCCUGAGAACCAGUUCAGAGUGGACUGCAUCCUGGGCGCCAGGGACAAGACCAGCUUCAGUUUCCCGCCCGAGUUCUUUGAGCACGCCAAGGAGCUGUGGGAGGACGAGGGCGUGCGCUCCUGCUAUGACCGCUGCACGCAGACCGGGCUGCUGGACUGCUCCCGCUACUUUCUGGACAAGAUCGAUGUCAUCAGGCAGCCCCACUACGAGCCCAGCCACCUGGAUCUCCUUCGCUGCAGUGUCCACAUUCCCGGAAUCUUUGAGACCAAGUUCCAAGUGGAUGAAGCCAACUUCCACCUGUUGUAUGCAGAUGGGCUGUACUACAUGUGCCGGGUAUGGGCCGAGUACCUCAGCAACUUGACUGCCAUCAUCUUCGUGGUGGACAGCAGCAGCUAUGACCAGAACACCACUGGGACCAACAGACUGCAGGAGGCUCUCAACAUUUUCAGGUCCCUGUGGCGCAGAUGUCCCCACCCCUUCUGUGUGCUUCUCUUCCUCAACAAGCAGGAUCUGCUGGCUGAGAAAGUCCUUGCUGGGAAGUCCAAGAUUGAGGACCACUUUCCAGAAUUUGCUCACUACACUACUCCUGAGGCUGCUGCUCCUGAGCCCGGAGAGGACCCCCGCGUGACCCGGGCCAAGUACUUCAUCUGCAGCAAGUUUCUGAACAUCGUCAAUGCUGUAGGCGGUGAGGACCGCCACUGCUAUCCUCAGUUCACCUGUGCGAUGGACAGCGAGAACAUCCAGCGGGUGUUCAGUGACUGUGCCCAGCUGCUCCAGCACGCACGUGAGGGAAAGCUGGUUUUAGACGGGAACUGUGCUUUAAUUAAAGCAUAA